GUAAGAGUCAGGAGGUGGACGAGCUCAUGACUCUAUAUGAAAAGAAGUUGCAAUAUAUCUCGUCUCUCCCUGAUCUUUCCAUCCUUAAAUCGAAUUUAGCAGCGGCUCGAAACGAAGCUGCCGAAGCCAAACGGGAACGUGACCAGUUGGCAGAGAAGGCCCGAGCUUAUGUUAGCCAGAUUGAUCAACUCCGGGCAGAGCUUGAUGGGAUCAAACCCGAGUUUGAUUCCCUCCACGAAACAACCGUCGGUGCUAUGGCCGAAUGUGAUGUUCUCCGGGAGCAGCUUCGGUCAUCAGAGGAACAAAUGAACGGCCUUAGCGCAUCACUUGCUGCGGCCGAGGUGGAAAGGGAUCGAUUGAGCCGGGUCAUCACCGAUCUGCAAACUGAGCAUGGAAAGGCUCUUGACCAGAUCAUGGGUUAUGACGACAUGUUAGAGCAGUACAAGGCCGAUGUGACUGCUGCCAAAAAGGCCAGUAAUCUUAGAGCUGAGUACGAGCGGUGCUUGUCCUGAAGGAAGACCCUCGAAGAAGCU